AUCCACGCCAAUCCGCGGCCUCUUAUAUGAACGAUUUGUUAUUGUUGCCCCACGUGCAUGAAAAUUUUUGAAAAUGGUUAGGAAGAACAAGGGAAGAGAAAGCGCCGGCAAGGACGAGCGAUUAUGGGUGGUUCCUUGGUUUUCAAAAGAAGAAUGGAUAGAAGUGUACAAAGCAACGUUUUCUGAUGACGUCAAAAAAUGGAAACAUGCGUUUGGGACUAUGACAGUCUGGCAGUCCAGAUUGUAUCGAACACAUAUUGGUAUUGCUGUGACCAGGCAUCUUCUCCAGGCUAAGAUCCUCGAUUCUGACCCAGCCGCUAGCCAGGAGCUGAAAUCUGGAGCAAAUGCCAUUGCUAUUACUAAAUUUGUCAGUACGAUCAUCAAAAUUCCUGCCGAGCGCUACCCCCCCAACGAAUCUCAAUCACAAGUACCUUAUCGGGCCAGAGAAGAUUGGAUUAGUCUGCCCAGUAUGUACCCUUGUUGGAACACUGCAGGCACAUGA